GUAUUGUCAUUGCAGUUUCUCACGGCCCCUAAAUGGAGGUAUCAGACUGCUGCUCUGCUACCAGCUCUACCCAUGCAGUUGAUGUGCAAUUUAAGGUUUUGGAUCUUUUUUUAAUGCAGAUUUAACCCCUUGAUCCCCGAGCAGUUUCUGGAUGUGUUUUGCUUCUGUCACUUGCUCACAAUCAGCAAAAUAACAAGUUAUUUCCUGAUUGUUUCACAGCGGUUACAUUCAGCACUUAUAGACACGCCCACAGCAACUUAUAGACACGCCCACAGCAACUUAUAGACACGCCCACAGCAACCCACCUCAGCUCCCCUCACCUCCACACGACCACCGGACAACCCUGCUACGACUUGCUGCAACGCCUCAUCCUGUGUGAAGUCACGCUAACAGCGAGGGGAGUCUGCUGUAGUGCUGAGUGGUUGAAGAAAUGUUAAUGGACGUUUUGCAGUGAAACCAGGUCACAUUCAAAACCAGGACAAGCAGAGUACAACUGUUGUUGAUCCUGAUGCAGACGACAGCUUCUGGGCCACGGUGCUCUUGUGAUACUUACGCCUAGGCUGUCAUGACAGGAUACUCAAGUACAAUAACCAUACUGUAGGAGCUGUAGAUUAUCAGAAACUUCCUGCAUGUCAUCACUUAGCAUAUUUACUGCAGACUGUUUGGAUGCAGAGGACGACACAUCAGACGCUGGUGUAGUGAACUCAUUCAGGUGUUGCAGCUUUCAAAGGUUUCACUGUGAAGGAUGGAAGAUUUACACAUGAACAACACCUCACAGGAGGAAAGCUUUGAUUACAGCAACACCUACAACUAUGAUUAUGACAGCAACAACACCUACGACUACGAUGAAAAACCUGUGUUCAUCACAGAUGUGGUGACAUACAUAAUCGUUGGUGUCGGCCUUCCUUUGACCCUCGUGGCCAUCUAUGCUCUUUAUUCUCAGGUGAGAAAUGGUCAAGUUGCUCCGAUCUACGUCAUCAACCUUCUCAUCUCUGACAUCAUUCAGUUCUGCUGCAUGAUCGCUUGGAACGCACCAGCUGAGGUUUUGAAUUCUAAAAUUGUAAACACCAUUUACGAUUUCUGUCUGCUGACCAGUGUUGGCUUCAUGGUGUGUGUCGCCCUGGAAAGGUAUUUGGUCGUCGCCUGGCCACUGUGGUACCGCUUCAGACGAACCAUCAAGACCUCUGUGGUGGUCUGUGUCCUGGUCUGGGUCAUUCCGACUGUCUCUCUCCUCACUUUAUAUUUCUUGGUUGAUUUUAAGGUCCUGUUAAGAAUCUGCGCUAUCUACCUCCUCCUUCCCUUCCCACUGCUCAUAUUCUUCCUGGGUGGGACCCUCAAAGCUCUGUCUGCCAGCACUGUCCCCUCUGAUGAAAAACGAAGAAUUGUGGGAGUUUUGGUUCUGGUGCUGCUUAUUUACACACUGCUGUUCAUGCCCAACAUCAUCUGGUUCCUGUCAGAGGAAGCAGGAAAGAACUUUACCUUUACUUUACUGUCUGGCAUCUUUCUCAGGUUGAGUCCUCUUGCAGACUUAUUCCUGUAUGUGUUCAUGAGGAAAGGGAUCAUAGACAAGCUUUUGGCCUCUGUGUGUUGUUGCAGAAUGGACAGCAAUGAUAUCAGCAGAUCAUCAGGAAAUGAUGACAACAUUCACACAGUCAGCUCUGUGUAGGCAGAGAAAGAGGGAGAGAGAGAAAGGAGAGAAAACAGAAGGAGAAAUGUAGGCAAAUAGAAAGAAUAGAGACAAGACAGAUACUGUCAUCUACUGAUACGAUUUCCAAUCAGACACCUAACUGUAGAUAAAAGGAAGCAUUGCUUUGACUCUGCUGUGGGAGAACUGGUUGCUGGGAAAUGUUUUGGUCAACUUGUUCUGGUUCACUGUGAAGGCUUCAACACAUGUAAAUAAAAUAUGUUUCUUAUUAUUUUGUCAGCUGUAAGUUGAUGUCUAUCAUUAUUAUCUUUAUGUUUUGAUGAACUGAGCUCAUUAUAGCCACCAAAAUCUUUAUUCUGACUGUUGUCUGUUUCUUUAACAGGGAGAGCAUCUUAACAAGUCUUUAGGACUUUUUUCUUCUUUGGUCUCUCUUUAAAUUUCAUUUCUUGUUCAGUUUUUCUCAGUUAUAUCUAACGUACAUCUAUCCAAAACUGCUUUUGUUUUUGCUGCAUAUUAUUUGUUCAUCUUUAUUUCAUAUUUUUGCUGUUUUAGUGGUUGGCAUGUUAGUUUUUAGGAUGUGACUCAGAGCAUGUAUUUGAACAGUUCUUGUGUGUUUUCAAUAAACACUUUCUACUGAU